UGUCAGAUUUAAAUUAUUAAAAAUUAAAAAAAUAGUUCUCAACGAAUGUUAAAGAUGUUACUUUCUUUUGUGUUGUCUGUAACCAUUUUACAUCAUGGAUUGUGUCUGGUUAACCCAGUUUAUGACAGUGGAUCUGCUACCAGCAGUCCGCAGCAAAUACCAAACGUAAAUUUUGGAGAUGUUUUAUUAACACCACAACAAAAACAAGCGCUUAAAAAUGGCGAGGAUAUGGGAGGAUCAAACCUAGAUAACAACGGUUACUCGAUCGCUAAUGGUAACAACCUACGUUGGACGGAUGCAAUUAUACCUUAUAAAAUUGAUUGCUCUAUUGAAAAUCUUCCUGAUGCUGUGGAAGCUGUCACAAAAGCAAUGGCUGAAUGGGAAAAUAAAACUUGCAUCAGAUUUGUUAAACGUACAAAUGAGAAAUACUUUCUUGAAUUCUUUCGAGAUACUCAUUGCUGGGGAAAUGUCGGAAUGACGUCAUAUACAAAGAUCUCGGUCGGAGAUGGUUGCGAGUAUCACCAUGUAAAUACUCAUGAAAUCGGUCACGUGGUUGGUUUUUAUCAUGAGCAAAAUCGGAUAGACAGAGAUCAAUGGAUAAAAAUACACUGGGAAAACAUUGCACAGUUUAAAGAUGCUUUUGAUAUAGUAAAAGAAACAAGCUCAUUAGGGGUUGAUUACGAUUAUGCAUCAAUAAUGCAUUAUCCAUGGAACGCUUUCUCUUCAAAUGGUAAAGAUACAAUUUCCCCCAUCAAGCCUCUUAAUGGAAAAACACCUUAUAUAGAACUCAGUAAAGAUGAUAUUGAACAAGUUUCACGAAUGUACAACUGCCCAGCGAUUGAAAAGAAAAGAGCGUUGGCAAAAAAAUCAAAAUAUUUUGGAGAUAUUAGAGAGAGAAGAAACGCUAACGAUUGUGUUGAUCAAAAUAAAAGCUGUCCUGAUUGGGCAAAAGCUGGCUAUUGCACUACAAAUCAAGCCACUGCUGAGCUUUGCAAAUUGAGCUGUAAAUCUUGUCAAGUCACGGAUUGUGUUGAUCAAAAUAAAUACUGUCCUGAUUGGGCAAAGGCUGGCUAUUGCUCUACAAAUCAAGCCACUGCUGAGCUUUGCAAAUUAAGUUGUAAAUCUCCAUCUUGUCAAGUCACAGCUAGUUAUUGUGUUGACCAACGAACUGAAUGUCCAGAAUGGAAAUCAUGGGGCCACUGCACACUGAGUACGUUUGUAGCAAUCGCAUGCCCAUUAAGUUGUGACCCAAAAUGCAAAGAUUUUCUUCCCAAAACAACUCCAACAUCUCCAACAACUGGACAUGAAACGAAUCCUCCAACAGUAAAGCCAACUGACGCACCAAAAAGAAAUUACAUGGGUAUUGGUAUUUUGUGUCGAGAUGGACAUGUUGAGUGUCCUAAUUGGGCAAAGCAAGGUGAAUGUUCAAACAAUCCUGGUUGGAUGAAUAAAAACUGUGCUGUAUCAUGCAACAAUAAUCGAUGUGAUAAACAAGGUCUUAAGCCUGCUGGAAAAUGUGCUGAUCCUUUAGGUCUAUCAUGGGAUGGAAAAGGCUACAAAAUUCCAGACUCAGCUUUAUAUUCCCCUGAUCAUCUUAAGCCUGGUGACUGGGAGGCAAGCGCUAAAAAUGCCCGUUUAUAUUUUGAGGAUGAUCACACAAAUAAGCGUAUUGGAGCAUGGUGUGCAGCAAGCCAUGAACAAAUUGGUUCAAAAAAUGGAUAUGUUCAAGUAGAUUUGGGAAGUCAAAAGACUAUUAACUAUAUUGCAACUCAAGGUCGAUUCAGGUAUUUUGAAAGAGUCUCUCAAUUUAAAAUAGAAUACAGUAAUGACGGAGUCAAAUUCCAAACAUAUUCUGAAAAUGGCAUGCAAAAGAAAUUUGAUGGCAAUUGCGAUCAUCAAACACCAGUGUUAAAUCAAUUUAAAACUUCUAUAUCUGCUAGAUAUUUGCGAUAUAUACCAGUAGAAUCUAAUUAUCCUUGCGUAAGAAUGGAGUUUUAUGGAUGUUAAUAUUACUUGUUAACAUACUGUACUUUACAGAUAUUAUGAAAAAUGUUUUGCUUUUCUCAAGAAAAUGAGAUUAAAAAUAAA